ACCAAUGUCUGAGCGUAGUAUUUCAAAAGAUAUUGAGUCUGACUCCGACUCGCCCGAGGCUCAGUCCGUUCCUGGAAAACCAGGAAGAAAAAAGAACCCAAACUCUCAAGCUGCUCGACGAGACCAGAAUCGCAUCGCUCAACGAGAAUUCCGGCUCAGAAAGCAGCAAAGAAUUCGCGACCUUGAGGCCCGCGUCGAGAUCCUUUCAGGCGGCAAAGAUGAGGCUAUGGGAGAAAUGGGAAAUAUACUCAAAGACUUGAUGCAAGAAAACCAGACCCUACGAAACCUCCUACGGAGUCUCAGUGUCUUCAUCGGCGACGGCGCUGGUGGUCUUUUAACAAAACUAGGAUGGGACAUGUCAGAUUUCAACAACUUUAUCAACAAGACAGAAACAGAUACUGCCUGGGAAGGCUAUCAGAGACGAAAGAAAGCUUCUGCAUCCGCCGAAGUCCUCUUGAACCCCGGCCAGAAACGUCCCGCCGAAGAAGACUUAUCCUCUUCCAAAAAGCCUCGCACAAGCGAUCCAAGUGAAUCCUAUUCCAUCUUACUUCCCAACACGUCAAUGUACUCCUCCAGACAACACGAAGGUCCUGGAAUGUUUUCAGAUGUCUUAAGAAACGGAGGACCAGCCACCUCGCCUAUAUUUAUGCAGCAGCCAUCUGGUCCUUCCACUUCUUCUCCCCCGUUCAACACUCAGCCUGCUGGUGCCCAACCGUACCAGAGCAGCUACCCACCUGCCAUCGAUAAUUCACUGCCGCCCAUGAAUUAUUCCUCCACCUCGCCCCCUGUUUCCACUCUUCCUUCCAGGACCACAGCGCAGCCUCAAUCUGCAACCCCAGAUCAAUUCGAUGACGAUGAAGAUCCCAACAAGAACGAGGCCUACAAAUUGAUUCACUACCAUCUGGAUAACUUCAAGAGAAACAGUGCAUACUGCCUUCCCUCUUCUCUUAGGCCGACACUUGUUCAGAGGACUGUUCCUCACGAAAGCGUCAUUGACCGUAUUCUUCAUCCCGAAGUACGGGAUAGAAUGAUAUUGUAUCGAAACCGAUUCGAUUUGGUCGACUGCCUGCUUGACUAUCGUAACGAUGUUACUAUUCACGGGGACGACGUUCUGGCCCAUAGCAACUGGGAAAUUGGAGAGAAAUGGCUUCGUAAAUAUGGAUAUCUGGUUGAUCCAGUCACAUUGAACAUCAUGAAUCGCUGGAGACGAGAGAGAGGAGAAGUAGAAAUACGAUUGUCUGAUCUCACACAGUCAGAAUCCACAACUGGGUCUUCUUAAGCACUGGGCGGAGAGCGAG